UACACGAGGGCGCGUGCCACUGCUUGCGCGCGGUGGUCGAGAAGCGGAUGGAGCCGGCGCCAAAGCUGCAGCACCUGCAGUCGAUCCGCGCCGUCGAGAUGCUCAGCGCCGCGCACGAGGGGAUGGUGGCGCGGGGACGGCCGCUGACGGAGCCGUUCGCCGCGCUGGUCGCGCAGUGCUCGCUCGAGCUUCUUGACGUCUGGGACAGGCUCUCCCAGCGCGGCGGCGAGGCGGCGGGCGAGGGAGCGGCCGAUCUGCUUCGCGCGUCGAUGCCGCUGCUGCUGGCGGCGCUCGCCUCCGACGGGCUCGAGGUGUCGUCGAGCACGAUGCCCUUCCUGCACGCGUACCUCGGCCGGCUUCGCAAGCUGCUCCCGGCGGCGAGCGCCAUCGCGCAGCACGAGGCGCACCUGCAGCAGCUGCUCGUCCAGCUCGCUCGCCGGUCGGACACGUAUCGCUCGGUAGGACACGUAUCGCUCGGCAGGACACGCGCGGCGGGCUUGCCGUCGGAGGAGCCGGGGCACGGCGAGGCCGGCCGGGACCCAGACGACGACGAGACCAGCUUUGCGGACUACCGCAGAGAGGUGUCGACGCUGUUCCGCUCCGCCGCGCGCGUGCACCCGUCCCUCGCGUGCGCGUUUGUCAAGUCGACUUUACAGUCGGUGCUCGGCGCCAGCGACGCGGAGCGGCCAGAGGGCGUCCAGUGGUCUCACGUCGAGGUUGCGCUGUGGCUGCUGUACUUGCUGGGGGAGGGGCUGCCCGAGGCGACCACGCGCGAGAAGGGCGGGCCGUUCGGGGAGCUGAUGCUCGCCCUGCUCUCCUCGUCUGCCGCGUCGCACCCGCACGCCGCCGUCUCGCUCCAGUACCUCGAGAUCGUGGUGCGGUACUACCGCUUCUUCCUGCAGCAGCCGGCGCUGCUGCCCGACACGCUGCGCUCCUUCCUCGGCGCGCGCGGCAUCCGUCUCUUCCUCCAGCGUUCCUCGAACGUUCCUCGAACGUUCCUCGAACCUUCCUCGACGUCGGCAGGCGCUUCGGCGUGCGGGCUGCUGCUCGGCUCGGGCCUCGCCUCCGAGGAGCAGGCGGCGGCGGCAGCGGCCAAGCUCUCCGAGCUGCUAGCCUUGCCGAUGAACCAGCUGCAGGCGACUUCGAUGUAG